CAACCGGAACGCGGACGGUGCAGGACUCGCCAUAGGACCUUUCACUGGACCUAAAUGACACCAUCCUCCAGUUUGAUUGAUUUUCUGCUGUCACUGGUUCCGUAUCCCGUUUGGACUCAGCAGAGCUUUUUUCACAGACUAUGGCAUCAUGAAUCUGAUGCGGAGCGCCAAGCCCGGGUCAUUCCUGACCAACAGCUCGCCGAGCAUGCGGGCCUAUCCCGUCACCGCGUUUGUACCACAUGACGUCUGGACAGCGAGUGACGGUCGGGCAGCCAACGAUCCUCUACUCGUACAGAGCGCCACACAUAAUGCCACGCUCCUGCCCACGGUGAUUCACGCCCCGCUCCACGUUUAUACCAUCUGGCAGGUCAUUAUAAUCGUGUUCUUGUGCGGGACGCUUUCGUUAGUCACCAUCAUCGGGAACGUCUUAGUCCUGGUGUCGUUUAAAGUGAACAAGCAGUUAAAGACGGUGAAUAACUAUUAUCUGCUCAGUUUGGCGUUUGCGGAUCUCAUUAUCGGAAUUCUGUCGAUGAACCUCUACACAACGUAUAUAGUCAUGGACCAGUGGGCGUUAGGGAAUUGGGCAUGUGACCUGUGGUUGGCCAUCGACUAUGUGGCGAGUAACGCGUCUGUCAUGAACUUGUUGGUCAUUAGUUUCGACAGGUACUUUUCCGUGACGCGGCCACUAACUUAUAUAGCGAAACGGACCACUAAGAGAGCAAUGAUGAUGAUCGGACUCGCCUGGUCCAUUUCCUUCGUCCUAUGGGCGCCCGCCAUUCUCUUCUGGCAGUACUUUGUCGGAAAACGGAAGGUUGUUCCCGGCGAAUGUUACAUCCAGUUCCUCUCCGAGCCCAUAAUCACGUUCUGCACCGCCAUCGCCGCGUUCUACCUGCCCGUCACCAUCAUGACCGUCCUCUACUGGCGGAUCUACAAAGAGACGGAAAAUCGCUCCAAAGAGCUCGCCAUCUUGAAAGGUUCUGGAAACCAAGGGAAUCAUGGAAGUCUGGAGGAAUCUCACAGCUCACGCAGUCGGAGCAGCUACCAGAGCCAGAGGAGUUCCGGGACGAAGAAAAGCCGCUUCUGGUUCUGGAGUCGUAAAGGUUGGAGAGGCCGCAGCGACACUGACCAAAGCCGCAGCGACAGCUGGAAUAAUAACGGGAUGGCCGUGUCCAUCGACCAAUCGGAUGAGGAGGAAGAGGAGGACGGAGAUGAACCCCGAGCCAUCUACUCCAUCGACGUGCCUGGAAUCCAAGGAGGUGGAGUCUCCGAAAGGAUCCGCCCAUUCGAGGAGGAGCCUUUAAAGCCAGACACAGAGGAGAGACGUUCCAGAAAGGGAUUUUCCAAAACAUCCGGGCAUUCCACGCUGGACUCGAAGGCUUCCGUGAGCUCUAAAGAUCAUCCCAACGCCAACGUCUCCUUCCAGGACACCCCUCUAGCCAAACGCUUCGCAUGCAAGGCCAGAACGCAGAUCCAUAAGCGCAAGAAGAUGUCUCUCGUGAAGGAGAAGAAAGCGGCACAGACGCUGAGCGCCAUUCUGUUGGCCUUCAUCAUCACGUGGACGCCGUAUAACAUCAUGGUUCUGGUGAACACGUUCUGUAACAAGUGUAUCCCGCAGGGCCUGUGGGCUUUGGGCUACUGGUUGUGUUACGUCAACAGCACGGUGAACCCCAUGUGUUACGCGCUGUGCAACAAAACCUUCCGUACCACGUUUAAAUCCAUCUUACUGUGCCAAUGGGACCAGACCAAACAAAGCAAACUGCAAUUCCAGCAGAGGCCACCAGGGGGCGCCAACAGGGAAAAAAGCCCUUUGGGGAAACUAGUUGCAUGACAUUUACACACUGUUAUCUUAUCACGUGGCUUGUUGAGCGCGUUGCCAUGGAGACGUAGCGCGUUUGGAGGCUUCACGCUAUUCUCCGCGGCAUCCACGCACAACUCGCCACACGCCCCACUGAGAGCGAGAACCAGGGUUGGACUGGUAAUGUGGCAUACCGGGCAUUUUCCCGGUGGGCCGACGCAUAUUGGUGCCGAUCAGGGGCGGACUGGCCAUCGGGAGAAACGAGUGUGCUGUUGGGUCGGCCACGAAAUGUGCCGAAUGGGGCCGCAAUAAGCUGAAAUGAUGCGUUAUGCAGAACGGACCACAAAAACGACUCCACGAUAUGCAGAAAAGGACAGCGAACACCCCCCCGCUCAACAAGUUUUGGGCCAGUUGCCAUGUAAAAUACCCGGCCGAUUUCUCUUCCCAGUCCAGCCCUGGCGAGAACCACAUUAUAGCGACCACGAGGAGGUUACCCCAUGUGACUCUACCCCCCCUAGCAACCGGGCCAAUUUGUUUACCCCAUGUGACUGUACCCUACCUAGCAACCGGGCCAAUUUGGUUGCCCCAUGUGACUCUACCCUCCCUAGCAACCGGGACAAUUUGGUUGCCCCAUGUGACUCUACCCUCCCUAGCAACCGGGCCAAUUUGGUUACCCCAUGUGACUCUACCCUCCCUAGCAACCGGUCCAAUUUGGUUACCCCAUGUGACUCUACCCUCCCUAGCAACCAGCCCAAUUUGUUUAUCCCAUGUAACUCUACCCACCCUAGCAACCGGGACAAUUUGGUUACCCCAUGUGACUCUACCCUCCCUAGCAACCGGGACAAUUUGGUUGCCCCAUGUGACUCUACCCUCCCUAGCAACCGGGCCAAUUUGGUUACCCCAUGUGACUCUACCCUCCCUAGCAACCGGUCCAAUUUGGUUACCCCAUGUGACUCUACCCUCCCUAGCAACCAGCCCAAUUUGUUUAUCCCAUGUAACUCUACCCACCCU